UAAUAAAUAAUAUUUUUCUUUACCCGACGCAUAUUCGGGCCUAAUAACUAGUUCUUACUUAAUGGCCCAUUAAAAAAAAUACUAUAUAAAUCCCUAUAACUUGUUUCCCAAAAAUCAUCAGGUUUAAAACUCUUUGCAGUAUAAUGGUUGGGCAGUAGAAUUUUCAAUUUAAACCUUAAAUACCACUAGGUUAAAGUUAUGGCAAAUGCAGCAAUCAGUCUUAAUUUUGUUGCAAUUAAAUUAGAGGUAAGGGAUAUGUUCAAAUAUAGAAUUACCUGCAUUUUGAAAAUUUUCAAUCUUUGUUUGUUGUAUGUAGCUUGUAAAUUGGCUGUAUAUAACAGGUAUUAUGUAUCUCUGAGGUGUAAGGAUGAGGUCUUCUUCAAGCCUUCAACUCCAUAUAAUUUUUUCCAAAGUGGUCCAACUAAUUUUCUGUCUUGGUCCUGAAAAAUGUCACAACUACUUUCAUAUUUAAAAUAACUAAAUGUCUAAAUGACAUUAUUGCCAAAGAAUAAAGAAAAGAGAAAAAAAAAAUAGUACAGUAUGAGUUUUUAUAGUUUGUCUUCAAUCCCUGGAACCUAGCAGUAAUCUGUCUCAGUUAAAUAUGUAUAGGCUUUCAUAUUUAUAAAAUCAGGGUUAUUAUUAAUCACACCAUUCACUAAAAAACAAAACUAAAAAAAGGGCUAUCAUUACUCCUAAUCAUUUCUACCCUUUAAAUUGAAGUCAAUCAUCAUUGAUACUAUUUGUCAGCUACUUCUAGUUUUGUUAUCCAAUCAUUUAUGAUAAUCUUGUCCAAUCACUGUCUAGUUUCUAGAUUAUCUGAAUGAUGUGUUUUAUAUAUUCCACCUACACAUUGAUGCACCAUCUUACAUUAUGUCAAAAUGCUAUGAUAUCCCUUAUAUUAAUGCAUUACUAAACAUUUCAUUCAAUAAUGUUCUCUAGGAUGAAUGUUUGCCAUAUCGGUUGCAUAGAAAUGGAUAUGAAUGUGGAUAUUCAUAUCAUAUAAACACAAGAAAUCUAUGUUACUCGAACUCGGAUAUCAACAUCAGAGUCCGGUACAUUUCUAGGUAUUUGACUUGUCUAUUUUAUGAUAGUUUUUCAUGUGUUUCAGCCAAAAUGAAGUGUUGAUAUAUCCACUAUCCAGUCCCACAUCGGAGUGUGGAGAAUCCAACACGGUACCUGAGGUAAAGUUAAAAUUCACAAUAACAAAGAAAGAAACUGCAUCUAAAAGUGCAGGACAUGUGAAUGUUAAAGUUCCAAAUUUUUAUGGGUUAAUUACUGGAUGAACUAUGCAAGUAGACCUACUCUUUUCAAGGAUAAAUUUCACUUGGGGAAUAUUUUGUCUAGUUCAAUGUAAUUCAGAAGCUUCCUUCUCUUAGAUGAAUGUCCUGGUCCAAAGCCGAAAUUAAUUGACAUUAGUCUAGUAAACUUGAUUCAUUUUGAAUAAAAUAUGCUUCACGUCCCUGCAAUUCCCAGGAUAUAAUUCUCUUAUACCCCUGCACCAAAUCAUACUUACAUUAUCAAUUAUCAGUCCCUUUUCACUGAUUGCAAUGGUUAGACUUCGUAACCAUACGUGUUCUCAUCUUUUUUAAUUAUAUGUUUAACUCCUCUAAGCCAUCAAAAGGGCUUAAUUACUUCUCUUAAUUCUUAAUUAGUUUCAGAUUGGAAUAGUCUUACAAGGGCCUGCAAGGGGCCCCAUCAAUCAUUCUGAACUAGACAACAAAAAUGUCGCUUUAUACCAACGAAGUCAAUCUACAACUUGUUCUUUCAACCUUCAAGUAUAAAUAUGUUUGCUGUUAUGCAUUAUAUCUCCCUCAAGCUUAAGCUGAAAACUAGCUUCUUCUUCUCACUUAAAAACACACAAAACAAAGAAACAAAGAUAUCAUGGAAUCUGGUGCAACCAUGGAGGGGGGAGAAUGGAGCACUUUUAAUGGAGUUUCUGUGAAUGAAGAAGCUGAUUUUAUGGCACAGUUGUUCCCUAAUUGUUCGUUUGAUAACGAGCUUGAAUCAUCGAGCUUGGCACUGUCAUCCUCUUGUUACUCUGGCAUGACCGGGGGUGACAGUGGCGUGUUUUUCUCUAAUGCUGAUAUAAAUUCUAACUUGUAUUGUUUAUCCCAAGGAAGUAGUAACUAUAGUGGAAAUAGUGCUAGUGUUGCUUACCCCUACGACGAAAGCUAUUGUUUGAGCGAUGCUCAACAGUAUCUGGCAGCUAAUAGCUGCAGUUUUCCUGUUGAUUUGUUGCCUUCUGUUGCGAAGAACUUUGUCCAGCGGUUUCCAGGAAACGCGAUGGAAAGGAAUGAUAACUUGGAUCUAGAAAUGAGCUGUGGUGCUAGCUUUGAUGAUCGACCAGAUUUUUCAAAUGAGCAUUUGCAGCUGAAACGAGAAGAUGAAAUGUCAGAGAUGGAGCCAGCUACUGAGGAUAGAUCAAGCAAUGAUUUGUUGGAGAGUGGAAGGAAAAGAUCCCGAAAUUCAGAGAAAGGAAAGAGAAAUAUUAGAACCAAGAAGAAUCAGAAAAAUGUUUCUGAUGACGAAGAUAACGUUCUAGAGCAUACUAGGCAGAAUAUGAGUAGCAGUUCAGAAGAGGAAUGUAAUGGGUCUCAGGAGCUGAGUGGAGUAGCUUCAUCGAAUUUGAGCUCGAAAGACACUCCAAUAAUGAAUGGCAAAACGAGAGCCAGCAGGGGAGCUGCAACCGACCCUCAAAGUCUCUACGCAAGGAAAAGGAGAGAGCGGAUCAAUGAACGAUUAAAAAUCUUGCAGAACCUCGUUCCUAAUGGAACUAAGGUUGACAUAAGCACAAUGCUUGAGGAAGCUGUGCAAUAUGUGAAGUUUUUGCAGCUUCAAAUUAAGUUAUUGAGCUCCGAUGACUUAUGGAUGUACGCUCCUCUUGCAUACAAUGGAAUGGACAUUGGUCUUGAUUCGAAGAUUGAAGCUCUACUAUGAUAUAGAUGACCAUAAUUGAUUCUUGUAACUUGAUAAUCAUAACACAUGAUACCAACAUCAAUAACUAAUCCCUUGUCAUCUUACAUUAUUGUGUUACAAUAGGAAACAUUUUUCUGAUAAGACCUGCAACAAUAAGCGGGAGAAAGAUUACAUUUGAUCUAGAUUUGACAUAGGUGUUCGAGUUUAUGUCCGUUGUUUUUUGCGUAAUGGACCUUGUUUGAUGAACAUUACUUCCUGAUUUGAUCACAGUGAUCUUGUUCUUCUUCUAAUAAUGGACUAGUCGUUGCUUGUUGUGGAUGAUCGUGUAAAUAUAUUUGGAUUUACAAUAAAAUUUUUGUUCUAAGAAGACUUAUAGUUAUACCAUGAGGUUGAAAUUGGACGGAUUUGCUCAGUUUGCCUUGGUUUUGACUUUUAGGUGCAAUUUUCACUGAAAUCUAAUAGGGCCAUUUUUUAAGGUGAGAAAAACUAAGGAUUCAAAUAAGAAACAUGAUGGCGUCAAAAUAUUAAAAAACAUAUAAAGAUAAAAAGAAGAAACAUGAUUUCAGAUUCAAAAACUUGAUCAAUUUGCUAAUUCAUCUUUUAGUUGCAGUUUUCACUGAAAUCUAAUAGGCCAAUUUUCAAGGUGAGUAAAAAGUAUUAAAAUAAGAAACAUAUGAUGGCCUCAAUAAAUGAAAAAAAAUAAAUAGAUAAAAAGAAAAACAUUAUUCAAAUUCAAAAACAAUUAAAUAAAUGGAAGUUCCUUAAAAUUAAUGCAUAAUUGUCAUUGAUAUAAUUGUCAUUGAUAAGAAGGUAAGAAUGUUAGGUACAGAGAAA